CCGUUGCGGUGUAGAUGGUACAGUCCACAUGCAGUCCGGAGUUGUUGCUGAGGAGCUCCCACUAUUCAGCACCGUUCAAACUGGCAUGCAGCCUACGCUCUGGGCACGAAGCAGGAGACUGCGCUUCUCAUGAAAAAUGUUACCCUUUUCUCAGCGGGGAUACCUCGGACAGAAGGGCAGGGUUGCGAUAUAUCACGUAUUGUGCAUUAUUUCAGGUGCGUGGGGCAGUCAGGUGUUGGUGCCUCAGAGGGUGAGUGCUGUGCUGGGGAAGAAUGUGACUUUAGAGUGCAGGGUGGAGGUUGGGUCGAACCUCACCCUCACUCAGAGUUCCUGGGAGCGCCGUCUUCCUUCAGGCUCGGCCGCAGUGGCAGUGUAUAACCCAGAGUUUGGCACUUUCAUCCCUCCAGAGUACAUCAAUCGCUUGUACUUUCGCUCACCCUCCUCUCAUGAUGCCACAAUUGUUCUGGAAAAUGUGGGCUUUUCAGACGUGGGGAUCUACACAUGUAAGGUAGCUACGUUUCCUCUGGGAAACACUCAAGCCUCCACUACUGUCAGUGUACUUGUGGAGCCGAAGAUCUACAUGUCUGCUGGUUCGACUGCCCUGAUCGAUGGUGGCAAUGAAACAGUGGUGGCCACCUGUAUUGCAGAGCGAGCUAGACCUCCCGCUGAGGUGUCAUGGGAGUCCAACAUCUUCGGCCAGUCCGAGGUUCAUCUGUUUGAUGACGUUAACGGCACGACCAGCACACAGGUCCGCUACAUCUGGCAGCCCACACGUCACGUCCAGGGCCAAGCUCUUACCUGUGUGGUCCGACACCCGGCUCUGCAGAACGACUUUAGGAUCCCCUACCAGCUCAAUGUGAAGUUUGCUCCUGAUAUUUCUGUUGUGGGAUAUGAUGGAGACUGGUAUGCGGGUCGUGAAAAUGUUCAGAUGGCAUGCAAAGCCAACGCAAACCCACCAGCUCACUACUUCAGAUGGAUCAGGUUGGACAGUGAAAUGCCAGAGGGGGUGGAAGUCAUAAACAGCACUUUGUUCUUCCUGCGUCCCCUCCAGCGGAACGACUCCGGUGUUUACAGGUGUGAGGUUGCCAAUGACAUCAACCUCCGCAGUCGGGAUGUGCGCAUCCUGAUACAAGAUCAGUCCAAAGCAGAGCGGACAAACUCCAUCACCGUUGUCGGAGCUGUGAUGGGCGCAGUCCUUGCCCUGUUCCUCAUCGUGGUCUUCAUCAUCGUGAUCGUCGCCGCUCGCAAAGCCCCUCCAACAGCGUUCACCGACAAAGUAAUUGACCUUCCUCCGACUCACAAGCCGCCCCCUCCCUAUUCGGAGAGAGCACCGGCUGUUCCUCUGGGAGUCCACGCAUCGCAAGUGGCCUGGCUGUGUCAGACCCGUAGGGGAGAGCGCAGGUUUGAGCAGCACCCGCCUGCAGCGAGGGCCACAACCCAGCAGCGCUCACGUCUGGAUUGGGCGUGUCAUCAGAGCGGGACUGACCGGGUGUACAUCAGCCACCGCGAACACUACGUGUGACAGAUGUCCUGAACGCAGCCUACCAAUCACCUGCCGGCGAGCAAACAGGCGUCACCUGAUUCCCUGAGCCAUCAAUCCAGAGGAGGACGGGCAGCAGCAGCAGAGGAGGAAGAUGUCCCUCUUUGCAGGCAGCUCUUUACACUUUCAUCUCUUUUCAUUUCAUGUUUAAAAAAAGAAGAAGAGGGGAACAGGCUGUUCUUGAUGCCAGUUGACUCCCAGGCUCUCACAGAAAUAGGAAACUUAGUAAAUAUGUAGGCGUAGCUUGGAACAAAAGUGGGAACGACUCCUUCAGUUCCUGAAAUGUCAAACUAUUUCCUUUGGCGCUUCGCUGCAGACAUGCCCAGCAUAAACCUUUCUUAUAAUGAAGUUUGUGCUUUAGCAGAAAAUAAUCUCACCAAACAUUCAAACUCUCUCUUCUCUCAUCUUCUCAUGUUAAAGAAGAGAAAUCUUUGGAUUCAUAUGUGUGAAUCUGUAAAGAAUUAGUUUUCUUUUGAUUUGUUAAAUUAUAAACUUAUCAGGGAAACAAUAGGCUGUUCUGUAGAAAAACAAAACUACUUCUGGUUUUUAAUGUGGCAAUCCAGGGAACUAACCUUUUAAAGGAUAAUCUUAAUCCUAUUUACAUGUCUUGAGCUUAUUGACAGCUAAUAAAUCUCGAACGCAAGUGUAAGGGACGAGGUGAGAAGUUUUUAAAGGAGCGAUUAUGAGCUGCUGUGUAAAGGCAGACGGCUCCAUAAUGGCGCUCGAUGACCUUUAAGAAGUAAACGCUGAAGCUUGGAAGUUUUGAGUCACCAUGUAAUGAAAGAAGAGAAGCUAUCCUUGAAGAUUUCAGAGAGUUUGAAUUGAUGCUGGUAGGUUUUUAUUUAUUUUUUUUUUUUACUUCUUUUGAAUAAAAACAUCUUGUCAAGGUCAUCAACACAUAAAAUUUACUGUUUUUUUCCCCCAGAGACAAAAGCUCGUUCUAAUACCAGGAAACUCUUAAAAAGAUGACGAGGUGUUUGAAAAGCUGGAGGUAACAUUUUGUGUUGAUGUUUGAAACGUUUGACUCGGUUGUUGUAGCUCUGAGUUUGUCUUUCUGAGGGAUGCUGCAGCCAUUUCCCAUGGCUGACCCCUAGUGGCCGAGCAGAGCAUCCUCAGUGACCUGUGUGACCUUUAGCUGUUAUGUCUUAAUGUAGACACUUAAGACUAAAACACACAGAGUUUCUACAUGUUUCUAGUAAAUAACUUUUAUUGGGGGGCAAAAUAUUCAACAUAAUACAUGUAAAAACGACUAAAUGUACAACACAAAAUGAUCUGUUAGAUUUUUCUGGAGAAAAUCUUUAUGGUUUCUUUUCACAAUAAGGCCACAAAGACUAACAUUGCACACACAAUAUGAUUUGAAGCAUUAUUGCAUAGUUUAGUUUUUUAUUUCUCAAAAUUAGAUUUUAAAAGUUGAAUCUAUACUGUGUGUGAAACAUCUCAUUGAAAGGGGUCUUCAGAAUAUUCUGGAGGAAACCGAGCAGGUCUCGAUACCGAGCAUCGCUAACCGAGAUAAAGUAGAAAUGUUUGUGCCGUAUAUGAAGUGUACGUGUAGUUUAAACUCAUUAACACAUGUAAGCGUGUGUACUGAUGCACCAUUUAACGUUCAUCUGAACAGAGAGGCUGUGGCUCAGGUUUGGCAGCUGAAGUCACAGAAAACACAAUCUGUCAUCCAUCUCAUGUAAUCCAAAUGUUUCAGCAAUAACUUUAAAGAAAAAACACUUUAUAAAGUUCUUGUUUCCUUGUGAAAGACUUUUAUUGUGGGGUAUUCUGUGUAAUUUUGUGUGGAUUAUUUUGACAAAUAAACACAAACUGUUACUUUUGGAUUUGCUCAUUAAUGCAAACUUUCAAUGACAAUACAUAUUAUAAUUUUGUACAGCAAUUAACAAAAUUAAACACAAUUAAAAUGACUGUGGUUUGGUUGAAGUGAUGUUCAUUAGACCUCCAGCAAUAGGCAUUGUUGCCAUGGUGAUAUUGACCUCUUUCUUAGGUAAAAUUGAGUAACUAACAUCCAUUGUCUGAACCCGCUUUGUCUACGUAGGGUCGCAGGGGGGUGGGGUCUCCAAUGGGCAAUCAGGCAGAGUACACCCUGCAUAGAGAGCCAGUCCAUCGCAGGGCAA